AUGCUCUACCCAUAUCACUUAUCUGAUGUGGUGGUGCGCGGCUUACGGGUCACCCCCUUCUCCUACUAUAUUGACAUCAUGUCCUCAAUCAUGACACAAGAGAAAAGCUAUGAUUCACUGCCAAAUUUCACUGCAGCAGAUUGUUUACGUCUGCUUGGAAUUGGCAGGAAUCAGUAUAUAGACUUAAUGAACCAGAACAGAUCCAGCAAAAAAUUUUUCCGUAGAAAACCUGUGAGGGAACUACUUCCCAUGCAACCGGUGGAUUCCGUAUCAGCAGACCACUGGUGGAUUGUCAAUAUUGGCUAUAUUACUGAAGAUGAUAUAAAGAUGUGUCACAUUUCAGAAAAAGAGGCAAUUGAUAAAGUGAUUGACUAUGGCCCCCAGCCAGCUGGUGAUAUGGAUUACAAAGUCUUGCAUAGUCUGUACAGAAAAGGUUUAGUUUAUUUGGAUGUCCCAAUUGCAGAUGAUGACUGUAUUGUGGUUCCUCCUCUGCAAGGGUUUGUGAUGAAUCGUGUCCUUGGUGACUAUUUUGAAACAUUACUCUACAAAAUAUUUGUAUCUAUUGAUGAGCACACCACAGUUGCUGAGCUGGCUAACAUCUUACAGAUAGAUUUACAAUUGGUUAAGAACGCUGUUUCCAUGUUCUGUCGGUUGGGUUUUGCCCAUAAGAAAAUAAAUGACUUAAAUAUGGACGACCUACAUUCCUCCUGGAGAACACGGCAGCCGCUCACCAAAAAACCCAGUCAGGAUCAGAUCCUUCUUGAGAUGAGUCUCCCAUUGACUGAAUCAGACUCCUUGGUUGAUGUGAACACAGCCAGUAACACUGACAGCUCGAGCAUUGACAGUGCCCUCGAGGCAAGCAGUCAGAACAUCGGGUCAGUGAAAAGAAUAGCUUUCUUAUUUGAUUCCACGCUCACAGCGUUCCUGAUGAUGGGUAACUUGUCUCAAGGUUUAAAAAGCCAUGCUGUGACUAUGUUCGAAGUUGGCAAACUAAGUGAUGAAUCAAUGGACAGUUUUUUGACUGAACUAGAAAAGGUGGGAUCCGAGGCUGAAGGAGAAGCCCAGCGUUACUUUGACCAUGCCGUCACAUUACGAGACACCAUUCGAUUUCUCCGUUACAACAAGAACCUCUGCCCCGAUUCAUCUGCCAAUUCCACUGGCCUUGGAAUUGAUCUGGUGCGAUGUGAAAGCCUGCUAAGUUUGGAUGCUGCCACACGGGCACGGAUACUGAAUAAAAACUACACAUUGCUGGUAUCUAUGGCCCCCUUGAGUUAUGAAGUGAAACCGGUUUGCAGCUGUACUCCACAACAUAUUGGACCAGCCAUUCCAGAAGUAAAUUCUGUUUGGUUUAAACUUUUCAUUUAUCACGUGACGGCCAGUGGGCCACCUUCUCUGCUUUUGGUCAAGGGUACAAAACUGAGACGUUUACCAGCCAUUUUUCAGGAAUAUGAUCGUCUCUUAGUGACUACAUGGGAUCAUGAUCCAGGUGUAAUAGCCUCCUCCAACAUCCUCAUGACACUUAAUGAUGCUUUGUCCCAUUCUGCUGUUCUAGUUCAGGCCCAUGGCUGGGAAACAGAUGGAAAGACAAUCUUUAUUCCAUUUCCGUUAAAUAAUGAAAAGCGAUACAUAUCAGGUAAAUUCUCACAGAAAAAAGCACAUUAUCACCAAGCUAUCCAGAAAUUGGCCGAGUCGAUUGACCUGGAACACACCUGUGGCUACAUCACACUGCUGAACAUUGGCAAACCUGGACGGUCCAGCUUUGAUGAAUUGGGAUCUACAUUCAACAACCUGGUCAUCUCUUCCUCUGUGUCUUCGAGUGAUGCAAAGGAAGACAAGGUGCCCAGCCUUGUAGACCUUGACUUCAGCCUCCAUGACAACAACAACCAGCACUCUCAUAAAGAUGAGUUAGAUGCUCCCCAUAAUGGCAUCAAGAACCGUGCCUGUGCUGAAAUGCUGUCCAAUGAACUGGACAGUCUGCAGAACAGGUUACCUCAAGAUAACAACAACCUUGACCGUGACAAUUUGACCUUAAACAUCAUUCCACCGACUGAACAGGAUGAAGACGAGGGAUCUGUGGCUGACCAAGAGGAUACCUGGCUUCUGCUUGACUGUUUCUUUGGGAUUCCAUUGUUUGAAUCUGAACUUAAUCAGAAAGUCUGUGAAAAAGUUGCAUCUGGUAAACUUUGCAGCAGUGAUAGCCUGCAACAACUUUUACACUCCAGCAGAAAAUUGUCAUUACGGCUUCUCAGUUUUAUUUCCUAUUUCCAGGGAAAGACUGCAAAUCAAGAUUUGAAUGGCCCAGUUCUAGAAGUUGACGACAAAGUGUGCUCAGCUCCCCGUCAAAACUUGGGGGAGUUGUCACAAAGGCAAACUAAACGCCUCUCACUCGGUCUUCCUCCCCUCUCUCCUUUCUCAAUAUUUCCUUUACCCGGUCAGUGUUGCUCUUCUCUCUGUUCCAAUUUUUUUUUCCUAAUUCUUGUGUCCCCAAUAUCCCUCUUCCCCACCCGCCUACUCUUAGAAUACUCCCCCCCCCGCCCCGGCUACUGGAUUUGUCUCCCUUUCUCUUUUACCUUCCUCUUCUUCUGGAGUCUCUCUAUUCUUCUCUCCCUUUUGUAA